UUAUAGCGAGAGACUGUGGCGGGCAUUCUGACACUGGGGGGGAACUAACUUGGUGUCACUGACAUCCCCAGUGACAUCAAUACAGUGAUCAGUGCUAAUGAAAAGCACAGACACUGUACUAAUGACACUGGGCAGGAAGGGGUUAACAUGUGGAGUGAUCAAAAGGUUAACUGUGUGCUGUUUCUGGCUGUGUGUGCUUUCCUCUGUAAGCACACUGCUAUGCAGAGCCAUACAAAGCAGUGUGCAGGAGCUGACAGAGAAAAUCUGUAUUUAUACACAGCCAGGGCCACGAAUGCCAGAAAUGCAAAAU